UUCCGAAAGAUACUUACAUCAUUCAAAACAUUCAAAACAAGGAAAAUUACCAUCAUAAAACUUAAAGUGAUAAUUAAAGAACUGUUUUUAAAAGAUACGUGUUACACUAUUUCUAAAAGUAACCGAGCUCAUUCCCUUCGCUUACUGGACCCAAAGCAAGCACCAUAUUCGCACGAUGAUCCAUCUAUAUCGACAAUCACGGAAUUUACAAGACACGAAACUUAUCGGAUGAAACAAAAUGCAUUGCACGAAGGCGUUUUUUUUCUUCAACUUUGACAAAAAUUUCCUCCAUAAUUCAAUGUAAGGACCAUGGAUGUAACCCAUUCAAUCUUUUUCCUCAUCUUUGCCCACACAUUUCAUAGCAUAAUUGCCAAAAAAAUAAAAAGAAAAUUCUCAUUUACCAUAUAAAGACUAAAGCUUGUAAGCCACACGCACUAAUAUUGAAAGUGUUUGAUGUUUAAAAGGUCAAACAAAGAGAAGGAAAAAGCGCAAAAUUUAAUGAAGAAAGCGACAAUGUCGGCACCAAAACGAUGUGUUUAGGGAACAAGCUUAGUAAGUGGGUCGGCCAAAAGCCCAACAUUGAUUCAGACACUUUGGAACAACUGUUUGCCUCUUUCUUUUUUUUUUUUUUUCUUUUUUUUCUUUAUAAUUUAAUUAUUUUUUCAAUUAUUAUUUAUUUGCAUUUUUCUCAAUUUUCUUGUCUAUAUGUCCCCACACUUCAAUUUUGAUUUCACUUUGUCAGCUAUAUUCUCUCUUUCUCCUCCAAUUCCUUUAUAUAUAUACACCCACAUAAAAACAGAGUAACCCAAACAGAGUACAAUCCCAAAGUUGGUAAAUUGGAUUGAAAAAAGUUGAAAAGAUUAGAUCUUUGACAAAUUUGAGCAAUUUUAACAUCUGGGUUUAUCUUUGAUUAGAGGAUUAAUCACAAAAAAUGGAGCUUGAAUUGGGUCUUACUUUGUCAAAUGCUCCUCCAAAAAUCCCAAUUUUGAAAGAAUUGGAUUUAAUUAGCUAUGUUAAUUGCAAGGGUAAGCAUGUUUAUGAAGAGGAUAAUUCUAAUUCAAGUUCUUUCUCUUGCCAAAGUAGUGUUAAUGAUGAUAAUUAUGGAGAAGAAGAAGAAAAAGAAGAGGAAAUUAAUGAUGGGUUUUUCCAAAUAAUGAAGAAAAAAAGAGGGUUUGGAGAAAUUAAUGAAGUGGAAAGUUUAAUUGUUUCAAUGCCUGAAACUUUGCCUCUUUUGCUUUGGGAUAAACACCCUAAUGAAGAUGAUCAUCAACUACCUAAAAGGCUUUCCACUUCUUUCACCAUUAACAAAAAUGAAGGUGAUUGCAUUGUGGGGUGGCCACCAAUCAAGGCUUAUAGAAAGAGUGUUCACCUCGAACAACGCCGCCAUGGAGGGAAUAUUCCGGCUAUGGAGAACCGUGGAAGAGGCGGUGGUUGUGGCGGAUCACGGUCGAUGUUUGUUAAGGUGCAAAUGGAAGGGUUUUUCAUUACAAGGAAGAUUGAUUUGAAGCUUUACCAAUCUUAUGAUGCUCUCCUUUGUAGCUUGCUUACCAUGUUUGGCAAAGGGCAGGAUAAUAUGGACAAUUACAAGCUUACUUACCAAGAUGUGGAUGGUGAUUGGCUUCUUGCUGGAGAUGUACCAUGGAGGACGUUCAUUGAAUCAGUCCAACGACUCAAGCUUAGGAGAGGGGAUGAAUGAUCUUAGUAGAAGAACAUCAUCAUGGUGAAAUAUAUAGAGUAAUUAUGUUAUUUAGUAGUUUACUCAAGCAAUUGUUUGGAGUAAUUUUGAACUUCAUAAUGUGGUUGUUAUCUUACUCUAAACGAUUGCAUUGUAAUAUAGUUAAACAACUUAAUGUUAUCUUUUGUCUUUUGGGUGUAAAUGUAAUCACUCGAAUUAGCAUCAUAAUUUUGCUUAUUAGUGUUAUUGAGAGUUUGAGAUUGCCUACUAUUUUCCUAAAAUCAAGUUAUAAAUAAUAAUUGUAUAAUUUUAUGAUCAAUGAAUUCAUUUAUUUAUCAAUUGGUGGCC